UCCGCACAGCUAUAAACAAUAAAAUUUAGCUAUCUUUGAAUCUUCUCUUCAACUGUUUAAUACAUUACCUGACCCAAAUGUUGGGUUCGUGUGAAACUUCUCAAGAUAAUGCUUCCGCUGAAGUAGAGUCUGAUAAUACUUUACCUAUUUCAUCUGUGGAUCCAUCUUUACAUCACACUCGUUACAAUGUAAGAAGCCGGUAUGAAUUUGUAAAAACUUUGGGUAAAGGAACUUAUGGAAAAGUGAAGUUGGCAAUAGAACGAGACACGGGAAGAAAGUUUGCUGUGAAAUCGAUUCGCAAGGAUCGAAUCAAAGGCAAGAAAGAUAUGAAACAUAUCAGAAGAGAAAUGAAAAUAAUGUCUUCACUUCAUCAUCCAAAUAUCAUUCAAAUACACGAAGUUUUUGAAAAUCAAGAUAAAAUUGUUAUCGUUAUGGAAUAUGCGCCUGGGGGAGAACUGUAUGAUCACCUAGCAAAUAAAAUGAUAACUUCGGAGGAGGAAUCUCGAGUGUUUUUUAAACAAAUAGUGUCUGCCGUUCAAUAUUGUCAUAAGCUUGGUGUCGUCCACAGAGAUCUGAAGCUUGAGAAUAUUCUUCUUGGGGAAAAUUUCCAAAUUAAGAUUGCAGACUUCGGUUUAGCGAAUAUUUUUGAAAGCGGCCAACUUUUAGAAACGUUUUGUGGAAGUCCGCUCUACGCAUCACCAGAAAUUGUUAAUGGAAUUCCUUACGUUGGACCAGAGGUCGACAGUUGGUCUAUGGGGGUUCUAUUGUACGCACUCGUAUACGGCAUGAUGCCCUUUGACGGGAGCGAUUAUAAAACGCUGACUCGACAAAUAUCGCAUGGCAAAUAUUCAAGACAAACAAAGUACCCAGAUGCUGCGGAUCUCAUCGGCAGAAUGUUAGUUGUCGACUCUUCAUCUCGAGCUAACAUCGAUGAGAUUGCAAAUCACCAUUGGUUAAAACAACCGUCGCCUUCUCGUACUGCGGUAUCGCCAGUAAUGGUACAUCAAAUUUUAGACAACAAUGCAAAUCACAUAGACCCUCAUAAACAGCUUUAUCCAUUAGGAGUGCCUUUGCCGCCUAGUUUUUCCCCAACCAUAGCCAAUUAUGCUGCUGUGGCUGUGACACCAAGUCCACCUCCCAAAUCACCAAUACAACAAAUUGGUACAACUGUAUUGACCCCUUGUGCUAUGGAGAACUGUGCGCACUCAAACUGUCCAAUGGCUUUUACGCAACCUAAAGGAAUACUGAAGCGAAUAAACGGACACACUAAUUCUGUAGUUCAGCCUAUUGCCGGGAAUAAUACUUUGGCGCCUCUCCAACCAACAUGGAGUCCUCAGUAUGCAAACCCUGUGCAACAAACUCAUCCUAACGGCGUAGCCGCAUUUAAUAAAGACGUAGCUUGCGGUUUGCAAGCGAAAGAUAGUUUAAAAUUGAAGGCAAAGCCGCUUGGAGCCUCAGGAAAACGAAGAGUUUUACGAUCCAAACGAGAUCGCGAAAGUGGUUAUUAUUCAUCACCGGAAAGAACACCUGUGGAAACUCAAUCUGUGCAAGUAUCUGCGCCCGUUUUUACCUUUGCUCAACCCGUUAUCAAGCCUCAGUUAACCACAAAUAUUUCCCAAGAUUGUUUUAAAACGAGACAACAUCCUCAACAACCUGACAACUUCGUAACAAAUCAAUUUUGUGGACUGCCUUAUGGAUAUGUGAUGCCGGUGACAAACGUUAAUCAAACUAUGCCAAUUAUAGAAGGACAGACCAUGUCGUACUAUCCACAUGUUCCAAUCACGUUGAACGGUACAGUAGAACAAGGAAUCCAUGCGAACGUACUGCCAUAUACGAUUACCACUUUAAACGACGAGUCGCAAACUCGCGGGAAAAGGCCAAUCAGCACUUACAGUGAUUCAAGCAUUCUUUCAUCUGAUUCUUUUGAACUUUGCACUUUUGAAUCACCACUGUCAACUGCGCCCGGCGUUUUACCCACUGGUGCCUACACCACAGCAGACGCUGCUAUGGUAAAUUUAGUGCAUCCAACGGCUGCAUAUAGGACGGAAGUAACGCGUCCAUCCUCACUGCCUAUGUCGAUUCCUCAUUCAGAUGGCGGAGGGCGCUGUUCGCCGAUUCCGUCCGGCGCUCUAACGCCCACUAGUGCAAAACUGAACCACGAUUUGAGACAAAUUUUGGCGCCAAAUCGUCCAAGGCGUCGCCAUACGAAAUCAAACGAAGAGCCGGUACAACAUAACUCCUAUACCGCGAAUAUGGGUGACGAGCAAGCCCAGUUGGAAGAAAUGAUGAGACAACUUAGCUUGGAUUUGGAACGAGCCUGCAAAAAAGGAAUUGAUAUGAAAGUGUCAUUAACUGCAAGCGCAGAAGUUUAACUUUUUACUAGCCAGUUGGUACAAACACUGAAUUGUUCUAUAGUUCCGCAAUACUGCUGAUUAUCAGUGACAGAAUAAUCAAAUAAUUAGUAAUUAAUCCACAAAUUAUUAUCAAAACCUAAUGCCGUCAAAGCUAUACUGAACGUGAGCAAAUAUGGACUACGUCUCUGAAUUGAGAAUUAAACUAUCGCAUUUUAUGCUCUAUCCUUAGUGUGAUUUACUUAAGUCGAGUAGGUACUUCUCUAGUUUCUGAAUUUAAAAUUGGUUGAAAUAUUCGUUUUAAUGCCAAAUUUCACCAAUAGUUAUGCGAAUGCCGCAGCUUUUUACCUUUUGUGUAUAACUCGCUAUUUGAUGAAAUCGAAAACUUAAUUUCUUGUUGGUAAUUUUAUUAUCCGCAUAAUAUUUCUGACUUUUUUGAUACCUUAAUUAAUUAAACCUUUGCUAUCACUGACGCUAAUUUUUCUCUCUCUAUUUUCCACUGUGCACAGCGUACGUCGUAUUUUUUCGUUUUCUUCUCUGCAUUGGUGUUCACACGAUUACAAAGUGUUUUUUUUUCUUUCAAAAUUCUGUGUGGUUUUUCAAUAUUUGGUAAAUUGUUCCUUCAGAUGUCGUAAUUCGAUGGUAUGGACUCUAAAGAAUGAGCCAUAGCAUCGAUUUCAUCGCCUUAAUCUUAAGCAUUAGGCUAGAAGAAAUUGUGAUUAGGGUGUAUAUUAAUUAGUUGCAUAUAGAUAUGCUUUCGGUUAUUGCUUCAAACGUUUUACAUGGAUAAGCAAACAUAAUCUCAGUGCCAUUUCUCGUGUAUAAUUCUGUUUUCCUUCUCUUUUGGUAUACAUAAAUCAGAUUCUAUGAUUAUUUGAUCUUCAAAUGUGCAUAUUUGCACUCAGGUAUGUCGCUGUAGCUGACACUGGAGUCAAACAAAAUAGCCGCAGUUCGAAAAUCUGAUUUUUUCUCGCCUGUUUUUCUCAUUGUUUAAAGUGUUGCAUUAAAUUGUACUGUAGUCUCAGACGUGGUCGGUUCAACUAACUGAAUAAAUUUUCCUGAUCUUUAAUUUGUCUUGAUCAUUUUUCCUCCUUUUUCGUAUUUCUUUCUAUUACUUGAACAAAUUCUAUCGUUAAUUUUCAAAUUCUACGGUGACUUUUUUAUUUUUCCUUUUGCUAAAAUGAUUAAUCGUUGCCGUGCGAUUUGUUGAUGCCUUUGCAAAGCUUGGCAGGUUUGUUACUGCAAAUAAAAUUUGCAAAACGAUA